AUGCUCGUUUCUGGCCCUAAUUCAGAGCCUGAGGAUGAUAAUUCUCCAAUGGCCACUGAUGGUAUAAAUGAGACGGAGACGCCGACAGCACCAACAAUCGACACCGAUAUUGAUGUCGACUAUCCUUUCAUUCAUGAUCAAUCUCCACUCAAUCCCUCCAUACCCAGCCCCGAUAUUGAAUCUACGAUUCUCCGACAUCGGUCAUUAAUUGACAUAGACGAUGAAGAUGAUGACAGCGACAAUCCGGGGGAAGAUAUCCUUGGAGACAGUCUUGACGACACCAUAGCUGUCCGUACAGAGGACAGUGAUGCCGAAGACUCCGAGGAUGAACCCGAUAUCUUCGACUGGGACUCGUUUGAGUCUAAUGAGUUAACGCCAGAAGAGCUAGCAAGAACAGGAGUUGAACGAGAGCUGGCAGAAAUUGGUAUGUUAUCUUGCGAUGCUUGA